AUGGCUUCAUAGAAUUGGAGAAUAACAACAAGCGAACCUCCAAAACUGUCAAAUUUUAAAUUUUUUAAAUUUAUUUUGUUUAUUUGGUGAAAAAAAUGAUCGUUUUGAAAAUAUUCAAUGUUGAUAAGAAUGAUAAUGAAAAGCCCCUUUGCACAUUACGCGCUGGAGAGCAUGUAUUUGGAAGAGGAUCAUUUGCAAAUUGUAUAGAUAAGAAAAUAUCCAGAAGACAUAUUAUCAUAAAUGUUCAAGAUAAUGAAGCUGUUUUAACCUUGAUUCAUAUAUCUCCCAUUUUCUUCAUGUCCUCAAAUGCACCCAACAUACAAAUGUUGAAAAAAGAUGAAACUAUCAGGUUAUCUGAUGGCGAUAAGUUUGCUUUUUUAAUUGAUACAUGGUACUCUGUGAAGAUUGAAGAUAACGAAAAUACGCCCCAAACGAUUGCUGGAAGUAGUGCUUCCACUGUUCUUAUAUCAAAUCCAAUAAGUACAACUGAAACAGUUGCUUCAACAAGUGAUACGAAGGUGUCUCAAUCUGCAUCAUUGAAGAGAAGCACCGAUGCUUCAUAUUCCGAAGAACGAAAAAGAUUGAAACUUAUGAAUGAGAGUUUAGAUAGACUGAAGGAUAAUAUUGACCAAAUAGUAGCCCAAGAUUUUCAAAAUGAUGAAGAUCCCAAUAAAGAAACCACCAAAGAAGUUGAGAAUAAUAAUGCUAAAGAAGUAUACAAAAAAGAUAAUAUGUCGGAUUCUGAUGAUGAGGAUAGUGAUGCUGAAAUGUUACCUGAAGUGACUAGAGAUACUGAAGUUGUAACUGGUGUACAAGUCAGAAACUCAGAAAUAAAUUCAGUUUCUGGGAGUGAUAUAGUCAAUAACGAUAACAAUGGAAAUAGUUCAGAUAUAUUAGAUGACAUAAACAAGGAACCGAUGGUUCAGAACGGUGAGGUAAAAAUAGAACCUUCAGAAGUGAAAGAAGAGCCAGUAAACGAUGAAGAAAAUACAAAGGAAGUUAGUGAAUCACAGCCAGUUGAUCAAAUAUCUGUUCAUGAAAAUGGAGAUACAGCCGAAGCCGAUCAAAAUAUUAAAGAGGUAGAACAAAAUCCAGCUGAUGCAUCUGCAAGUUCAAGUGGGGUGAGCAUGGGCAAUUCUGUGAGAAGGGAACAAUGUUGGUAUGGACAGAACUGUUAUAGGAAGAAUACCAGCCAUAAGGAUCAAUUUAGCCAUCCUGGUGAUUCUGAUUAUAGCGAGACCUCAGGUGAUAACAGAUCUCAGUGUCCGUAUGGUGCUCAAUGUUACAGGACUAAUCCACAACACCGGAAAGAUUUCGGUCACCCGACUUCACGACCCGCUCCUAAACCAAGUAAUAUAAGGAAACGGCGAACGAACGUACACGCUCAAUCGAAUGUGGAUUACGAUUCCGAUAGUCAAGACGAGGAUGAGCCAUUCAGUGCAGAUGAAAGUUCAUCAGAUUCGGAAGUGUUUGGGGCUGGCGACUCUGAUAGUGAUUAUAUGGGGGAACCGAACUUCGAUGAUAUGGAAGACGGCGAGGAAGUGGAAAUAAUGUUCAAAGAGGCCAAGAAAUUCUUGAGAAAAAAACGGAAGGAUUGAGAAAGUGUUGAAUAUUUUCAUCAAAAUUGGGGAUUUCUCAAAUCACAGUGACAUUGUAAAUUAUUGUUGAUUAUUUUUAUAGAAAUUAUAUGUGACAUGUGAAGAGGG